CUCAAAUACGAGGUAUCAAAACUUAUGCGAUACCACUACAGUGUCGUCGAUUUCUUUUAUGUAGUUGGUAUGAUAUAAACCCCUGACACACUGAAGGUUAGCUGAGGAUGCAGGUCAAAUGCGUCCAGCUGGAACCGACGACGUUGAUGCUGGGGUCGCCGCUCAGUCCUCACGACGCGGCGGCCCAGCUCACCACAUUCAAGUCCUAUGUGUCCCUCAUCGCUGACCCAACGCCAGGAAUUGUGGAGAAGAAGCUGAAGGCAGCUCAAGAACUGAGUGAGAACUUUGAGACAGUGGUGUCUUCGGCUCAGUACCCACAAUUCCUGCAGGAAGCUAUGCGCGUCUUCUUGAAGAUCCUUGAUGAAGGCGAGGCGCAGUUCAUCGCAGAGACCAACAAACAGGUGGGGCAACUGCGUAAACUGUUGCUGGAGAUAAUUCAUCGCAUUCCGUCUAACGAGCAUCUGAAGAAGUACAUUCAGCAGAUUUUGUCUCUCAUGUUUAAACUCCUCAAGAUUGAAAAUGAAGAGAAUGUUCUCGUCUGUAUUCGAAUCAUCCUGGAGUUACACAAACAGUAUCGGCCUCAGAUGAACGAUGAAAUACAAGACUUCCUACAGUUUGUCAAGAGUAUCUACAACAGCCUUCCCUCUCACCUCCCCAAAAUCUUUGAACCGAGGUCGCAGAAAAAGGUGAAGGACGUUACUGAGAUUAAUGUUGAGGUGCUGCUGAUGGAGAUUUACACGGUGACAACAAUACUUACGGACAAGAAGAAUAACGACAACACAAGUGUCUCGUACAACAUCAUCCCCAAGGGAAUGCAGUCACUCAAGGUGUUGGCCGAGCUGCCGAUCAUCGUGGUGCUGAUGUAUCAGCUGUACAAGACGAAUGUUCACCCCGACAUGGCCGACUUUAUCCCCCUCAUCAUGAACACCAUCACACUUCAGCCCUCGCCGCAGCAUAGAUCAAGCCCAUCUUUUAACAAAGAAGUAUUUGUGGACUUCAUUGCAGCCCAGAUCAAAACACUCUCCUUCCUGGCGUACAUCAUCCGUAUAUAUCAGGGUCAGGUGAACAACCACUCCCAGCAGAUGGUGCAGGGGCUGCUGGGAUUGCUGACGCUUUGUCCACAGGAAGUGGCCCAUUUGCGGAAGGAACUGUUGAUUGCUGCCAGACACAUACUCUCCACCGAUCUGAGGAACAAGUUUGUGCCCUGUAUUGACAAGCUGUUUGAUGAGAACACACUGAUUGGCUCAGGAUGGACCACACAUGAAUCUCUAAGACCCCUAGCCUACAGCACCCUGGCCGACCUGGUCCACCAUGUGAGGUCCGCCCUGCCCCUGAAUGACCUGUCCCUGGCGGUCAACCUGUUCUCGAAGAACGUCCACGACGAGUCGCUGCCCAGCAGCAUCCAGACCAUGUCCUGCAAGCUGCUCCUCAACCUGGUGGAGUGCAUCCGACAGAAGAGCGAGCAGGAGAACGGCAACGGGAGGGAACUGCUGAUGAGAAUGUUGGAAGUGUUUGUGCUGAAGUUCAAGACCAUUGCCACAGUCCAGCUGCCCCAGAUACUCCAGAAAUGCAAACACCAGCAGCAGACCACCACCACCGCUGCAUCGUCAAGCCUACCGGCAGAGAUUAAACCUGGAGACACCAAGGCAACAAUUGAGGUCAAGCCAGGAUUGCCGGAAACCCCGAAAGAUGAGAACAAAACGUUUGCCGCCAGCAUUGCCGAGUCUUCCAAGGAAAAGGAGGACUCCAACAAGACACAGAACCGCUUCGGCGUCACCCCCAGCCAGUACAAUGUGUACUCUGUCGCCGACUGCCGUAGCCUGGUGAAGACCCUGGUCUGCGGAGUGAAGACCAUCACCUGGGGGGUGCUGUCCUGCAAGGCUAUCGGAAAUGCUGACACCAGCCUUCUGCAGAACAAACAGUUCCAGUCCAAGGAGACGUUGGUGUAUGUGCGACUGGUCAAGUACGCGCUGGAGGCUCUGGACAUCUACACGGUCAACGUGACGUCAACAGGACAGGCCUUCAUUAGACCGGCAGUUGUGCAGACUGUUCGCACCAAGGAGGAGAAGGAAGUUCUGGAGCAUUUCGCAGGAGUUUUUACAAUGAUGAGCCCUAUCACCUUCAAGGAAAUUUUCUCGUCAGUCAUUGAGUACAUGGUAGAGAGGAUUCACAAUAACUACGCCCUACAGAUUGUUGCCAACUCCUUCUUGGCAAAUCUGCAGACGUCAGCAACAUUUGCAACCAUUCUUGUGGAGUACCUGCUUGCCAGACUGGAGGAUAUGGGCUCCAACAUGGAGCGUUCCAACCUGUACCUGAAGCUGUUCAAGCUGGUGUUUGGCUCUGUGUCUCUGUUUGCUGCAGAAAAUGAACAGAUGUUGAAGCCUCAUCUGCACACCAUCGUAAACCAGUCUAUGGAACUGGCCAUGAGCGCCAAGGAGCCGUACAACUACUUCCUGUUGCUGAGAGCGCUGUUCCGCUCCAUUGGUGGCGGCAGUCACGACCUGCUGUACCAAGAGUUCCUUCCCUUGCUCCCCAACCUCCUUCAAGGCUUGAACAGCCUGCAGAGUGGCCUGCACCGGCAGCACAUGAAGGAUCUGUUUGUGGAGCUGUGUCUCACAGUCCCAGUUCGCCUCUCCUCCCUGCUGCCGUACCUGCCCAUGUUGAUGGACCCCCUGGUGUCCGCCCUCAACGGCUCACAGACCCUCGUCAGUCAGGGUUUGCGUACUCUGGAGCUGUGUGUUGACAACCUGCAACCAGACUUCCUGUACGAUCACAUCCAGCCCGUCCGUGCAGAACUCAUGCAGGCUCUGUGGCGGACCCUACGCAACCCUCAAGACAACAUAGCUCACGUGGCGUUCCGCGUCCUCGGCAAGUUCGGAGGCGGCAAUAGAAAGAUGCUGAGAGAACCACAGCGGCUGCAGUACAACGACAAGGAGACGGUGGGUCCCUGCAUCAACAUACACUUCCAGGACACCAAGACGCCCAUCACGCUGCCUGUUGAGAAGGCUAUAGAUACAGCUCUGACAGCACUGAAGAGCAGCUCAACAGAUGCUUUCAGUCGCAAACAGGCGUGGGAGUUGAUCAAGUGUUUCCUGGUGUCCGUCAUGAACCUGGAGGAUGACAAGCAGACCCUCACCCACCUCUUCACCCACACCAGCUUCACAGAGAAGGAGAUAUCCACCACCACGGGGCCGCUGUACAAGAACCCUGACUCUCACUCCAGGAAGGUCCACGAGCAGGCACUCACGGGCAUGUUCGUGGCAGCAGCCAUCAAGGAGCUGCGACAGACUGCACUCCCCUUCAUGGCGUGCAUGGUGCGGCACUACACGAUGAUCGCCAUCUCCCAGCAGUGCGGGCCCUUCCCCGUGGGCGACAAGCAGAACAAGCUGCAGGGGAUGGACACCCAGAUCCUCAUCGACGCGCUGGCCGUCAUCAUGGGGCAUGAGGAGAAGGAACUGUGUAAGCCGGGGAACCUCGCCCUCGUGCUCAUCCUGGAGACCGCCACCACCAUCCUCGGCAGCAAGGAGCGGGCCUGCCACCUGCCCCUGUUUGAGUACCUCGUGGACAGGAUGUGUUCUCUCUGCUAUGACCGGGCCUGGUAUGCCAAAUAUGGAGGCUGCCUGGCCAUCAAGUUCCUGUGCGACUCCAUGGCACUGAGAUGGGUGCUGGAGCACCAGUUCCUCUUCCUCAAGGCCCUGCUGUUUGUCAUGAUGGAUCUCACCGGGGAGGUGUCUUCGGGAGCUGUAGACCGAGCCAAGUCGAACCUGGAGAAGAUGUUGAUCCUCUGUGCAAAGGAUAUUGAGCCAGACCAGAAAACCGAUGAGCUGAUUGCUGCACAAAAGAAGUCCUUCCAUGAAGUUACGCAUGAGCUAGUGAGACAGGUGACAUCGCCCAACACGCUGGUUAGAGAACAGGCUAUGCACUCUCUUGGAGCACUGGCGAAGACGACGGGUCGGUCAAUCACAGACAUCAUGGAGCCUCACAGAGAAGUGCUGCAAGACAUGAUCCCUCCCAAGAAACACCUGCUGCGUCACCAGCCUCUUAUAGCUCAGAUAGGACUCAUGGAGGGAAAUACCUUCUGUACGACGCUGGAACCAAGGCUGUUCACCAUGGACAUCAAUAUACAGGAACACAAUGUGUUCUUCAGUGAGCUGCAGAGCUUGUGUGAGGCGGAUGAUGCUAUCCUCGUCAAACUGCCCUGUUACAAGAACGUAACGAACCUUGUGCCGCUGAAGAAAAGCGCCCUGAGAGCACUUGCGGCCUGUCACUACAUCCCAAGCAGGCGAGACAAGAUCUUCACGAUCCUGUACAAGGCUCUCAACAGCACCAACAGCGAGCUGCAGGAAGCUGCACAUGACUGCAUGAAGAAGUUCAUCGGCGGAUGUCAGGUGGAGACCGACACGGUGCACACAGCAAUCCGCCCCCUGCUGCUGAAGUUGGGGGACUUCCGCAGUCUCACCCUCAACAUCAUUCAGAUCCUGUCCAGCCUCAUCCAGCUCUUCCCCAACGUCUUCAACGAGAAGCUGUGUGAACAGCUGCAUGUCCACCUGAAGAAACUGCUGGAGGUGAUCGCUGUGGCUCAGAAGAGUGGUCAGAAGCCCUCCACUGGACAGGACCUGAAGACUUGUGCGGCCAUCGUGAAUCUGUUCCAUCUGAUCCCGGCCGCCAGCAAGAACAUGAUAGAGCAGCUGACUCUGCUGGUUCUCCGGGGGGAGCGGGCGCUGCUCAUUGAGGCCGGGAGUCCUUUCCGAGAACCUCUGAUGAAGUUCCUGCUGCGUUACCCGCCGCAGACGAUCGAUCUGUUCCUGACAGACAGUACCCUGAAGGAUCAGCAGUGGAACCGAUAUCUGGAGUACCUUUUGAAACAGAAAGAUGGCCAGCCGUUCAGAGAUGUUCUGCAGUCCAACCCGAUGAGGCUCGUCAACAUGGCAUUUGGACAGUUACAGACCCAGAGUGCGUCUCCCCUGACGUCUGCCGCCACCACCAAGUCCGAGCUGCAGUACCAGGCUAUACGCCUCAUCAGCAUCCUGGUCCACUUCCACGAGGAAUGGCUGCCCAAGCACUCCCAGGUGGUGACCCAGCUGCUGAAGAUCUGGGUGUCUGACAGCUUCCAGGAGAGACACAAAAAAGUGGACUCCCUGGACUUCGUCCAUUGGAAGGAGCCUGCGCUGUUGGUGCGAUGUCUCCUCAACUACUUCAAACAUCACACAAAUGAGAUCGACCUCCUCUUCCACAUCCUGCGAUGCUUCACUCACAGAUACAUCCCACAAUUCCAGUUUGUCAAGGAGUUCCUGGAUGACACCGUGGCAACACUGUAUGACAUUGAGUGGAAGAGGAAAGCUUUCUUCAAGUUUGUUGAUGUCUUCCAUGACCAGAACUGGCCACAGGAACUGAAAGCAAAGAUUCUGCAACACGUCCUCAUCCCAUGUUUCCAGACCUCGUUCGAACGAGGAGAGGGGGAUCUCCUCAUUGGGGGUCACCCUGCCCCCGACCAGGACAACGAGGACAACGUCAUCAGCAUCUUCAUCACCCGCAUCAUCGAUCCAGAGAACCCGUUCGGCACAUCGGAUGCUGUGCGGAUUUUACUACUGCAGUUCUCGUCACUGCUGGUGGAGCAAGCUUCGCCCCACAUCCACGAUGCUGCAAACAAGAAACAAGGCAACAAGCUGCGGCGGUUGAUGACCUUUGCGUGGCCCUGCCUGCUGUCCAAGAACUGCGUGGACCCGGCCACCAAGUACCACGGCCACCUUCUGCUGGCCCACAUCAUUGCCAAGUUUGCCAUCCACAAGAGGAUUGUGCUGCAGGUGUUCCACAGUCUGCUGAAGGCGCAUGCUGUGGAGGCUCGGAGCGUUGUGCGGCAAGCCCUAGAGAUCCUCACGCCUGCGAUGCCAGGCAGAAUGGAAGAUGGAAAUCUUCCACAGGGGAUGCUAACACAUUGGACCAAGAAGAUAAUCGUGGAGGAAGGCCACAGCGUUGGACAGCUGGUGCAUAUAUUGCAGCUGGUUGUGCGCCACUACAAAGUGUACUAUCCAGUCCGACAUCACCUCAUACAACACAUGGUCAACUCUCUACAGAGGCUUGGGUUCACAGCAAACGCAUCCAUUGAGCAUCGGAAGUUGGCUGUGGAACUAGCCGAUGUGAUCAUCAAGUGGGAGCUGCAGAGACUGAAAGAUGACCAGGAGCUGCCAGGGGGGGUUAUUGAGCCGGCCCAGGACGUGACACAAGCUUUAGCUCAGAAUAUCCCCGUGAAGCGCUCGGCAUCCAUCGACUCACCUCAACAAGCAGACAAACGAUCCCGACACUCUUCAGGCGCAGUGAGUCAAGAAUCUAGUACACGCAGCAACAGUGACGUGACGAAGCCCGUGGAGAAGCAGUACUGUGAUGCUGUCGUCAACUUCCUCCUCAGGAUAGCCUGCCAGGUGAACGAGGCAUCUGCUUCCAUUGGUUCCCCCGGGGAGCUUCUGUCAAGGAAGUGUGUGACCCUGCUCAAGGUCGUGCUGCGCGCAGACGUGUGGCUGAACACGGAGCUCAAGUUGGCCUGGUUCGAUAAGCUCCUCACAACGGUGGAGAACCACCAACCCAACUUCGCCAACAUCUGCACGGCUCUGGAGCUGCUCACCUUCCUUCUAAACAUCCUGAAAAAGGACACAAUCCUGACAAGCUUCAAGCCUCUCCAGCGGGGAAUCGCUGCGUGUAUGACCUGCCCCAACACUAAAGUGAUCCGGGCCGUGCACAGCCUGCUGUCUCGACUCAUGAGUCACUUCCCCACCGAGCCGGUCACGUCCAACGUGGCCUCCAAGUAUGAGGAACUGGAGUGCCUCUAUGCCUGCGUCAGCAAGGUUGUGUACGAGGGACUCACCAACUAUGAGAAAGCCACCAAUGGUUCCCCAUCCCAGCUGUUCAGCACGCUGAUGAUACUGAAAGCAGCCUGCAUGCACAACCAGUGCUACAUCGACCGCCUCAUCACCACGUUCAUGAAGGUGCUGCACAAGAUGGCGCGGGAACACCUGACCCCGACAACCCCCGAGGCCAGCCCCGGGGUGGCCAGCGAGCUGCUGAUCGUCAGCCUCGACCUGGUGAAGAACCGAGUGGGGGUCAUGAGUCUGGAGAUGAGGAAGAGCUUCAUUGGGCAGAUCCUGGUGGGGCUGAUUGAGAAGACGCCCGACAACAAGGUGAUGAAAGCUAUCACCAAGAUGGUGGAAGACUGGGUCAAAAUCAAGACCCCAAUUGCUAUCAACCAGUCACCCAUUAUCCGAGAGAAAGCCAUCUUGUUGAUGAAGCUCAUGCAGAACGUGGAGAAGCGUUUCCCUGACGACCAGGAGCUGAAUGCCCAGUUCCUUGACCUUGUCAACUACAUCUACAGGGACGACAGCUUACAGGGGAGCGAACUCACGUCAAAACUGGAACCGGCUUUCCUGGCGGGACUCCGGUGCAACCAGGCUCCGAUCAGACAGAAGUUUGUGGAGGUGUUUGAGAACAGCAUCCAGCGCCGUGUGUUUGACCGUCUGCUCUACAUCACCUGCUCCCAGAACUGGGAGGCCAUGGGGGCUCACUUCUGGAUCAAGCAGUGCACAGAGCUGCUGCUGUCUGUGGCGGUCAACGGCAUGACCAUCAACAGCUCCUCACCCAUGAACCUCCUGCCGUCUGCCUGCUCCGUCGUCAACCUCGCUGACAGCCACGACCGUGCCACCUUCGCCAUCGUCAGCAAGAUGAAGGAGGAGCCCAUGGAUGUAGAGUCCAUAGACUCCAACAAAGAGGAGGAGGAGAUUGACAUGGAACUGUCUGGGGUGUCGUCGGAUGAGGCAUUGUCCAAAGAUGCCCCGAAGCGAGACCCCCAGGACCCCAAACACAGCCUCCAGACUCUACUGCAGAGAGAGGCCAAGUUCCUGGAGUCUUGUCGGGAAGUGAAGACGGUGCAGUACCUGCAGUCCCUGUCCCAGCUGUCUCAUAGCAACACGGAGCUGGCACACAUGAGCUGGCUCGACCUCUUCCCCCGCAUCUGGAAGAUUCUCUCCGAGAAACAGCAGCAGUUGCUUGGAGCUGAACUCGUACCAUUCUUGUGUAGUGGUAGUCAUGUGAUACAGAAGGACUGUCAGCCCAGUGCUGUGCACUGCUUCCUGGAGGGCCUCGCCUUGUGUGUGCCCCCUAUACCCAUCCGACCCUGCGUCCUUAAGUAUCUGGGUCGGACACACAACCUGUGGCACCGAGUGUGUCUGCUGCUGGAGCAGACGGCCUUCGACAACAACCCGUCUGUCCCCAUCAAAAGUCGGUCCGGCAGUGAAUACGAGUUUGAGCCAUCAACGUCACCUCAACAGGAGACGCUGGAUGCCCUGUGCGACCUUUACCCCCUGUUGAAGGAGGAGGACAUGUGGGCGGGGCUGUGGCAGAAGCGGGCCAAGUACACGGAGACCAGCACCGCCAUCGCCUACGAGCAGCAUGGAUUCUUCGAACAGGCCCAGAAUGCCUAUGAAGUGGCGUUGACGAAGGCUCGUCAGGAUCACAACUCAGGUCCUGCCUCACCCACUGCUCUGCCUGAGUAUCGCCUAUGGGAAGACCAUUGGAUCAGAUGUUCGAAGGAGCUCAAUCAGUGGGACCUGCUGCUGGAGUACGCCAACUCGAAGGGCAACACCAACCCCUACCUGGUCCUGGAGAGUGCGUGGAGGGUGCCCAACUGGGCUCUCAUGAAGGACUCGCUGGCUCAGGUGGAGAUGAGUUGCCCGAAGGAGUUGGCGUGGAGGGUGAACCUUUACCGAGGGUACAUCGCCAUCUGUCACCCCGACGACCACCACCUUAACAUGGUCAUGAUUGAGCGGCUGGUUGAGGUUUCGAGUAACCUGGCCAUCAAGGAGUGGAGGAGACUCCCCAGCAUUGUCUCCAAUAUCCACAUACCACUGCUACAGGCAGCUCAGCAGAUCAUGGAGCUGCAGGAAGCAGCUCAGAUCAACCAGGGCCUGCAGCCCGGCAACAUCACGCGCAGCUCGUCCGUCCAUGACAUGAAGGCCAUCGUGAAGACGUGGAGGAACAGGCUGCCCAUGAUCUCCGACGACCUGUCUCACUGGAGCGACAUCUUCACAUGGCGACAGCACCACUACCAGUUCAUUGUCAACCACUACGACACUCACGCCACCACCGACCCGCAAAACAAUCACUCCAUGUUGGGGGUCCAUGCUUCAGCUCAAGCCAUCAUCCACUUUGGCAAGAUUGCCAGAAAACACAACCUGACCGGCGUCUCCCUGGACUCACUCAGCAGGAUUCACACCAUACCCAGUGUCCCAAUCGUGGACUGCUUCCAGAAGAUCCGUCAGCAGGUCAAGUGCUACCUUCAGAUGUCAGGGGUCAUGGGCAAGAAUGAGCUGACAGAGGGCCUGGAGGUGAUCGAGUCCACCAACUUGAAGUACUUCACCAAGGAGAUGACGGCCGAGUUCUAUGCUCUCAAGGGCAUGUUCCUGGCUCAAAUAAACCGCUCUGAUGAGGCCAACAAGUCGUUCUCCGCGGCAGUCCAGAUGCACGACACACUGGUGAAGGCUUGGGCCCUGUGGGGAGACUACCUGGAGACCGUGUUUACCCGCGACAAGUGUAGACAAAUUCAGCAUGGAGAGUUUGCCAUCACGUGCUACCUGCAUGCGUGUCGCCAUCAGAACGAAGGCAAAUCAAGGAAGUACCUGGCUAAAGUAUUGUGGCUGCUUACCUACGACGACGAGAAACUCACACUGGCGACAGCUGUGGACAAGUACUGUGUCGGUGUGCCACCUAUACAGUGGUUGCCAUGGAUUCCGCAGUUGCUGACGUGCCUGGUGCGGAACGAGGGUCGCCUCAUCAUGAACCUGCUGAGUCAGGUGGGGAGGAUGUACCCCCAGGCCGUCUACUUCCCCAUCCGCACCCUCUACCUCACCCUCAAGAUUGAGCAGCGGGAGCGAUAUAAGAGUGGAGGUGAUCUAGCUGGCCUUGGUAACCGUGGUAACACUGCAACACAAGCACAGGCUGCAAGCCCUGCACCCCCCAGUGCCCCAGCCACGCCCGAACCCUCUGCCUCAGUCACAGACACGCCCACAACAGCAGGAGGAGCAUCUCAGUCUGGCCGCGCGGGCAGUGCCAGCCAGUCAGACGCCGCGGGCCCCAUCAAGGCCCCCGCCCCCAUGUGGCGCUGCAGUCGGAUCAUGCACAUGCAGAGGGAGCUGCACCCAACCAUUCUCUCCUCACUCGAGGGAAUCGUCGAUCAGAUGGUGUGGUUCCGGGAAAACUGGUACGAGGAAGUACUACGACAGCUACGGCAGGGGCUUGCCAAGUGCUACGCUGUGGCCUUCGAAAAUAGAGGAGCAGUUGCCGAUGCCACAAUCACUCCUCACACGCUCAACUUUGUAAAGAAGCUGGUCAGUACAUUUGGUGUGGGCAUUGAGAACGUGUCCAGUGUAUCGUCCACGUUCUCCAGCGCCGCCUCCGAGUCCCUCGCCCGCCGCGCCCAGGCCACAGCACAGGACCCCGUCUUCCAGAAGAUGAAGAGCCAGUUCACCACAGACUUCGACUUCAGUGUGCCAGGAUCCACCAAGCUCCACAACCUCAUCAACAAACUCAAGAAGUGGAUCAAAAUACUCGAGGCCAAGACCAAGCUGCUACCAAAGUCGUUCUUGAUUGAAGAAAAAUGCAGAUUCCUUAGCAACUUUUCUGUGAACACGGCAGAGGUGGAAUUGCCUGGGGAGUUCCUGUUGCCGAAGCACAGCCACUACUAUGUGAGGAUCGCUCGCUUCAUGCCCCGCGUGGAGAUCGUGCAGAAACACAACACAGCAGCCCGGAGACUCUACAUCAGAGGUCACAACGGCAAGGUGUACCCAUAUCUGGUCGUAAACGAUGCGUGUCUGACGGAGUCGCGGCGGGAGGAGAGGGUGUUGCAGCUGCUGAGGAUGUUGAAUCACUUCCUGACGAAGCAGAAGGAGACGUGUCGACGUAUGCUGUACUUCACGGUGCCGCGGGUGGUGGCGGUGUCGCCACAGAUGAGGCUGGUGGAAGACAACCCUGCCUCAGUGUCCCUGCUGGAUAUCUACAAACAGCGCUGCAGCAAGAGAGGGAUCGAGCACGACUCCCCGAUAGCUCGGUACUAUGAGCGUCUGGCAACAGUUCAAGCCCGUGGCUCUCAAGCCAGCCAUCAAGUUCUGCGAGACAUCUUGAAGGAGGUGCAGACAAACAUGGUACCUCGAGGUCUUCUGAAGGAGUGGGCGCUGCACACGUUCCUCAACGCCACGGACUACUGGACCUUCCGGAAGACCUUGACAAUCCAGCUGGCGCUGAUGGGGUUCGCUGAGUUCAUCCUCCACCUGUCCCGCAUGAACCCUGACAUGAUGUACCUGCACCAGGACUGUGGCUAUCUCAACAUCUCCUACUUCAAGUUCGACAUUGAUGAUCAGUCAGGUGACCUUGAUGCAAACCGACCUGUUCCAUUCCGACUGACCCCCAAUAUAGCGGAGUUCCUCACCAUGACUGGAGUGACGGGUCCGCUGACUGCGUCGAUGGUUGCAGCUGCGAGAUGCUUCGUGCAGCCACAGUUUAAACUGCAGAGCUUUCUCCGAGCCAUACUCCGGGAUGAAUACAUCACGUGGCACAAAAAGAAGCACGAGGAGACCAGCCCAAGUACCGAACCUGUCGACAUGGAGGGGGAACAACUCAUCGGCAUGGUAACCAAAGCUGUCAGCGCCAUCAUGACACGCCUACAGAAUCUGGCCACCUUUGAUGGAGCUGAGAGUCGUGUGAGCACGCUAGUAGCUGCCGCCAACAGCCAUGAUAAUCUGUGCCGGAUGGACCCGGCCUGGCACCCAUGGUUGUAAAGACUGCUGACUUCACACGCUGCUGUUAUAGUGUUUGAAAUGAAGCCUGAAAGUCAAGGAGUCCUUGUCAUUG